AUGGGUAAAGGCAAAAACAAGGGCGAAAUGCGCGAUUCUCGCGGUGGUAAAUCCACAUCGUCACAUUCUGGCAAAUCUCAUCACCGCAGAGGUGAAAUAAAACAUGGGAAAGCUAGCAAGAGUAAUUUUCCUGUCAAGCUAGCUAUGUGGGAUUUUGAUCAUUGUGAUCCAAAGCGGUGCAGUGGUAAGAAAUUGGAGCGGGUCGGAGUUAUUCAGUCGCUCCGCGUGGGUCAGAAAUUUCAAGGUGUUGUGGUUUCUCCCAAUGGGAAGGGCGUUGUUUGUCCCAAUGACAGAGAAAUCGUAGAAAUGAACGGCGUUGCAGUGGUAGAGUGCUCGUGGGCUCGGCUGGAGGAAGUCCCUUUUAACAAAAUUGGUGGUAAAAACGAGCGACUUUUGCCGUAUCUCGUAGCGGCCAAUCAGGUCAACUACGGCCGGCCUUGGAGGUUGAACUGUGUAGAAGCUAUUGCGGCUUGCUUCGCGAUUGUCGGACGCAUGGAUCUCGCGUCAGAAUUGCUGUCGCACUUUUCAUGGGGGCUAGGUUUCUUGGAAGUUAACAAAGAGCUACUUGAGGUCUACCAGCAAUGCACAGACCAGGAUUCGGUGAAAGAAGCAGAGGCUAAGUGGCUAGAAAAAAUAGAAAAGGAAGCAUUUGAGCGGAAAUCUCAGGCAAAUACGGAGGAUAUAUGGCUCAUGGGAAAUGUGAAUAGACAAACAGCGCACCCGACAGACUCUGAGGACGAAACCGAGAACGAACAAGCAGAGGAUACUGCUGCAAGUCUCUCGGAUGGUGCAGAGCCGACACGAGGGAUCAUAACAGCUUCAAAAUAUGAUAAACUGGGCAAUGUGAUAGAAUCUGGCUCAGAAACCUCUUCUUUGGCGGAUACAUCCACAUCUGAUCAAAGUGACCAAUUCAAUGCACUCCAUAUAUCUAAAUAG